GUGCCAAUGACAAUGGGAAAGUCUGGCGGAAAGCUCUGAAAAGGGUGGGAGAAGCCACGGCGAAGAGCGGUGCUGUUGUGGAUAUACAGGACAAGAAGUGUUGCCAGCUCUCUGCUCCAGUGAGUCGUAUGGCUUGAAGAGUGGAGCUGGAACCUGGCAUUUUUACCUUCAUGGAUCCCCUGAACGUGUCCUGGUACAAUGAUGACAUUGGCAACAGGAACUGGAGCAAGCCUCUCAAUGGGUCCGAUGAAGACCAGAAGCCUCACUACAACUACUACGCCAUGCUUCUCACACUUCUCAUCUUCGUCAUUGUCUUCGGCAACGUGUUGGUGUGCAUGGCCGUGUCCAGGGAAAAAGCCCUUCAGACCACCACUAACUACCUGAUCGUGAGCCUGGCUGUGGCAGAUCUCUUGGUGGCGACUCUGGUGAUGCCCUGGGUAGUCUACCUAGAGGUGGUCGGUGAGUGGAGAUUUAGCCGAAUCCACUGUGACAUCUUUGUCACCCUGGACGUUAUGAUGUGUACUGCCAGCAUCCUCAACCUCUGUGCCAUCAGCAUUGACAGGUACACCGCGGUAGCAAUGCCAAUGCUUUAUAACACACGCUACAGCUCCAGGCGCAGAGUCACUGUCAUGAUCUCCGUGGUCUGGGUCCUGUCCUUUGCCAUCUCCUGCCCACUUCUGUUUGGUCUCAACAACACAGACAAGAAUGAGUGUAUCAUUGCCAAUCCUGCCUUUGUUGUGUAUUCCUCUAUCGUCUCCUUCUACGUUCCCUUCAUUGUCACCCUGCUGGUAUACGUACAGAUUUACGUAGUGCUCCGGAAACGCAGGAAGCGCGUCAACACCAAGCGCAACACCCACGGCCUGGACUCUGACACGCAGGCACCGCUGAAGGACAAAUGCACUCAUCCAGAAGAUGUGAAGCUCUGCACUAUCAUUGUCAAGUCCAACGGGAGUUUCCCAGUUCAUAAGCGGAAAGUGGAGGCAGUGAAUCACAUGGAGGAGAUGGAGAUGGUGUCCAGUACCAGCCCCACUGAAAAAACCAAACACAAACCAGCCCUGCUGAGUAACCACCAAUUGGUUAUGCCAGCCACUUCCAACCAGUGCAUCAAUUCCACCCUGGAUUUGCCCUUGGACAGCCCCACGAAAGCGGAGAAGAAUGGGCAUGCCAAAAACAACCCAAAGACGGCCAAGGUCUUUGAGAUCCAGUCCAUGCCCAACGGCAAGACACGGACUUCCCUCAAGACCCUGAGCAGGAGGAAACUCUCGCAGCAGAAGGAAAAGAAAGCCACCCAGAUGCUAGCCAUUGUGCUUGGUGUUUUCAUCAUAUGCUGGCUCCCCUUUUUCAUCACCCACAUCCUGAACAUGCAUUGCAACUGCAACAUUCCACCGGCGAUGUACAGUGCCUUCACAUGGCUCGGGUAUGUCAACAGCGCCGUCAACCCAAUUAUUUACACCACCUUCAACAUUGAGUUCCGCAAGGCCUUCAUGAAGAUCCUCCAUUGCUAAAUAAAGCCGCAGAGCAAGAUGAUGCCAUGCACACACCACAUACACACACACAGGCGAGUAGGGAGUCAUGAGGAAGCCUAGUGUUCUUAUAUAGGGCCAUAGGCCCAUGGUGUUAAGACAGUGCCAUGCCUACACACCCUUAUAGCUGGGACGUAAUGGGUGGCUUCAAGAGGGAUGCUCUCUCUUAUUCUUAAGGUGACGUGGACUCCGAGAUCAACCCAAAGGGCAGUUUUAAGAGGUACUCUCACACUGUGUUUGAAGGUACAGAAGCAAAAACUAAGACACACUCAUUUGAUACCUGCCUGUGGCCAACUGACCUCCAGUGCAUUAAUUGUGGACAUGAGCAGAGCCAGCGGUGGACAGUGAUUGGUCACUGUGCUGGCUGCUCACAUGUUAAUGUCAUUGAUACAAUUCUCACCAAAGACACCGACAUCUUUUCUGCUUCGCAAUAGGAGCCAGAAAGCCAGAGCUCACAGGAACUCCAUGCAAUGGCUUUGCCAUCACCUCCAGCUGACCAGUCCAGUAUCAAACGGCUGAAGCCUUCAGAUAAAGACUUAGAGAAGUGCCAACUGGGCUAAGAUGGUUCUGCCAUCAUACAAGAUCUGAUAUCUACAGACAUAUGGAUCCAGGGGAAGUGGGUGCAGGAGGAGAAUGGAAACCUGUAUCACAUAUGGUGUCAUAACACAAAUGUAAAUAUGAAUAAAUAGGAUGAAUUGAACAGAAGCCCAAGCCAAAAAAAACAUAAAUAAAGAGAAAAAAAUAAAUAAAUGACACCUUGUCUUGCAUGGUACGUGCGUGCUAUGAUUCAAAGGGUACCCAUCGUCACCAUUCAAAGCC